AUGAACCCCCUGUUUGCUGGGAUCCCGCUCAGCGCCCUGCUGUGGGCUGCCUUGGGUAAGGAGGCAGCCAAGGCGCCUGUCACAAAGGUCCGUCGCCCUGUGCCAGCCGCCCCCCACCCCCGCCCAGUUCCAGCACCUCCUCUCCUGCCAGGAAACCGCAAGCGGUGCUAUGACUGCGGUGGAGGCCCCAGCGGCUCCUGCAAAGAGACCGUGACCACUUGCGGCCAGGGCAAACGCUGCGGCUUCCUGGAGGGCAAACCCCAACCAGACCUGAGACAGACCAAGCCAUCUGGAAACCCCUCAGUGACCUUGAUUCAUCACCAUGCAGCCUGCGUGGCGGCCCAUCAUUGCAGUCGAGUGGAAACAGAGGUGGUGGGAGACGUGACUUAUAUGACCCACAGGGACUGCUGCGUCUGCGAACUGUGCAACAGUGCUGUGGCGAGCACUGCAGCCCCCGCGUGCAUCGUGGCUGCAGGGGUCACCGCCCUAGCCUGGCUCUUGCGAGGACUGUGGAGAGGGUAGUGGGAGUAGGGGAAGACAAGGGAGCAAGGGAACAAAGGGGAUCUGAGGUGAGAAGAUAAACACUCCUCUGUGAGCCAUUAAAAUCUACCGACCACUCUAGAGCUGACUGGAAAAUUCCAUAUUUUGUUGAUGGGAGGGCUGAUGGAGUAAUGUGGGGCAACCAGGCUCUAGUUUAGGGGUUAUCAAGGAUCAGUGGACUUAGUUGCAAUGGUGCACUGCUUAACCAACUAAACCCCAAAGGACAAUGGAGAAUCUGCCCUAUGUGACUCCUGCACCCUGUUGCUAGGGAGAAUCUUCCUUAGCAACGAGGAUCACUGAGGGGAGCAGGCUCUGGGCUGAGUGGGGGCCACCAGGAAUCAAUGAGCCUUGUUGUCUGGGCUUGUUCCCCUUCCCCGCAUUUGCAACUUGGCUCCCAAUAUGACUACUUGGAAUUGAGAAAGGAAAUGUAAGCACUGUGAUAGGAGGGUGGCUUGGUGCCCCACAUAUUGGGCCAGGUGAGGCCUCUGGAUCAAACCUGAGGGACUGAGGCCUGGAAGAGGGUCCCAGGUCCCAUCCCCAUGCAACUCUCCUACCCUUUCUGAGGAGCCCUCAAGCCAGACUGCACCUCUUUCUUGGCAGUACGUCAGAGGUUUGGCCUAAAUUUAAGGUAAAUAUUGCUUCUCCAAACACUGGGCCCUGUACGCCACCCCCCAGACACUGGAAGAGAGGAUGGAAGCCUGCAAAACCUGUUUUUCCGUCUGCCCCAGCCCAGCGUCUGAGAGAAACUCCCUGAAGGGUUCUUGGGUGAGUGGUGAGUGUGAGGGCUGAGAGUGUUAUUUCCUGGGAGGGCGCCUCUGACAAUAGAUCUUCUGAUACACAAUUGAUCAUAUACAGACAUUUAUUACUCAAAAUGGAAAGGGGUGAGCAAGGGGAUGAGGUACGUAUGGGAGCCAGGGUUUGGAGAAUCAGCUCAUACAGUGAGGUCAUCAGGUCCUUCCUGGGAGCCUUCACUGGGGACAGGACAGAAACCCCAUUUCAGGCCCAGAUUCCAAUCCCUCCUCACAUAGGGCACAGGGGAGUUCAGGAGGCAAAGUGCGGAGCCCUUCUAGGAGACGAUGGAGGAUCUGGAGUGGUGUCAAGGGAAAUGGAAAGAGACUCCAGAGAAGCAGAGUGGAGGGUGUGGGAUGGAAGGAUGGAUCGGGGGACCACCGUCUAAUUAAAGAAAUGUGAAGGGUCUGGAGAAAUGCUUUUCUGAGCAAAAGGAAGCAGAGGAUACGAAGACACAAGAAGAGAGGCUAAGGCAGGUGGGAGGAGGGGCAGCCAUGGAGCGAGUCUCAGUGCAACAGCCAGAGGCUAAGGCCAGCCAAGGAGGUAAGGAGGACAAGGGCCAGGGCCGGGGUGGGCCGAGGGGCUGGGUUAUUGCAGUUGUCCUUGUUGCAGCAGGUGGUGUUAUAGGUCAGGCCUAGCUUGUGGUUGGUUUGGUUGAAGGCCUCCCGACAGGGCUCUUCUGGUGUGCCACAGCGUAGGUUGGAGAAAACCCACAUCUUCCCUGGGGUUAGGAGGGGGCAGUGGGGACAGUUAAGAUGGGCACCUGGCAUGCCUGUGUCCACCUCCCCACCCGUGCACCCCACCCAGGCUUCCUUCCUUCCCAACUCUGCCCUUGGCCUUCCCCUUCUGGAUCUCUUCUCAGUCUAACCUUUCUCCUGCACUUCCUUACCCUGCCCCUCACCCCAAUCCUGGUCCUAUCACUUGCUGCCCAUGAGGCUUUGGACCUGUUACUGUCUCUUUUUGAGGCUGUUUUCUCAGUAUAAUAAUAGCACCCACACUUCAUAGGGCUGUCAUGAGCAUUAAUUGAAACAAUCCUUGUAAAGACGUAGGAUGGUGCCUGGCACGUAAUAAUCCUUGGCCAAAUAUUAUCACUGCUGUAAUUCUCUGUUCCACCUCAGCCCCAGCCAUAGAGUCUCCCACUGGGCCUCUCUCCCCACUGAAGAAAGGAAUGUUACCGAGGUACACAUUUGUUGUCAGGCAUUGCUGUCCUGGUUCCAGGUGGCAGAACUGCCGGUCCACACAGCCCAGCAAAGGGACCUUGUAGCAGGAGUGACAGCGAAUGUCAGCUGGGAAGACACAAGUCGGGCUGAAGUGACGGAAUGUCUGACUCACCUGGGGAUGAGCCCAGCUGGUGGGCACGGUGGAGAAGAGCCAAUCAAGUAGGUAUUCUGACCUGUUUGUUCUGGUAGGGACAGAGAGGGUGAGUGAUGCAGAAAAAAUGCAAGUUGGGUGAGGGUGGAGUUGCUCUGUGAAUGGCCCACACCCUAAAUAUCUUCCUUCACUCCACCCCAUCUGGAGAUGAGUCUAGAGAUGCAGAGUUACCAACAAUGGGGCUGGGGACAGAUGAAAUGUGAGAAUACCACAGGGAAGGAAUGGAGGUGGCGAGGGAAGAGAUGAAGGAAUUCAGAAGAGGUCACAGAUGGAGUCUUGAAAUAGGAAGAAACCUUAAAAGUAAAAAUCAUGGUGGUUACAACACUUGCAGAAAUGGCUUGGAACUUGAGGCUGGCAAGAAAGCCACCUGGGGCCAGAUUAGCAAUGUAUUCUUCACCUCCUGGGGCCGCCAAGAGCAUGGGAAGAGGAACCAGACUUGAACUGAAUCCUCCCACCCCAGUAGCUCUCUGACAGAAAGGAGAAGUAUCUGGGAGACAGAUCAUCAGAAUCCAUCCGAGCACUUUGCCAAAAUGGAGAGGAUGGGUGCAGAGAGGCAGAAGGUGGCACCCCGAAAGUUUCUGCCGCAUCCGAUUCAAGGUUUGAGGGACGGAAGGGUUCAGUCAGUGGGUGGAGGAGCCUGGUGACUGCACCUCAGUGAAACCCACCUCACCCUGGGGGUGAGCAACCUUGGCAUUCCCUCCCUAGAAGCCCAGGAAAUCUCCCUGGUUCCCUGGGAGGUUCUGAGAGGUCACUGGAGCCCUCCAGAAAGCUUGUGUUCCUGGAGGUAUGCACCUCAGGGAGGAGCAGGGGGGCGAUCUAGGAAAGGCCACUGCUCGAGGGACUGAGCACGAAGUCCCUGAUGGAGUAGAUGGGAGGAGGGGUCGCAAAAGAAGCCCCAGACUGGUUGCCUAGAUUUCUGGGAGGACGCCCUGGCUGAGUGCAGGUGGUGAGAGGAGAAAGCAGGUAAGCUGGAUCUUGGAGAGUUCUGUAUCAGAGUGGGGCUGGCAGGGGAACUGGAUAUCAGGGUUUCCAAGGAGUGGGGAACAGGGGACCUGGAACCCUGGGCAGGUUAGAAGAGUGCGUCUUGGAGGUGGGGAAGAGUCGGAAGAUGGAGACACGGGUCCUUGAGAAACAGAGCAAGGACCCUGUCACAGUGGGGCACAGGAGAGCUGAGCCAGUUGGGUCUGGGGGCGCUUGGGAUCUUGAGUAGCGGGUAGUGUAAGGCAGUGCCUGGGGCAGGGUGUAAAAGUCCUAACCAGGUGAACCAGGUCCUUGGGGCCCCCAGGUGCUCACCUGAGACCCAGCAGAGCAGAGAAGACAAGGUGAUCAGCAGAAGGCCUUUCAUGGUGAGGGUCCUGAGAACGGUAGCAACAGCAGCAGCUGACAGAGUAGAAUUCCAGGGAUCCUGCUCUGGGAGUUGAGUGGCCUUUUUGGAAUUUAUAGCCACAACAGUCCCGCCCUACCUGGCCUCUGGGGGCCCCUCCUUCCCCAUUUAGGGACGGGCUAAGCGGGACCCAGUGGGGCAGUAGGGAUGGGGAUGGCAGAGAGAGGUGGGGAGGGUAGGUAGGUGCACUAGUGGCCAACUCCAUUUUGGUUCUUGGUUUCAGUCCAAGACACACCCUCCUGGCCCCCAGGAGUAACAUCCCUGUCUGCCCAGUCCUCUGAAGAAGUAUCACCAAAGGCCCCUGUGAUGUUACAGUGGCUGUGGUGGUGGCAGUGUCUGCUGGUUCCUGGGAAAUGGACAAUGGGGUGUGGCCCAAGCUGACUGCAAAAUUUUGCUCCCUGGGGGGCAUUGGUAGGGGUAUGUGGGCAGAAAUUGAGCACCAAAUUAAUCUCAGUCCACUUAGUUUUCCCAACCCCUCCUCAGCCACAGGAUGGAGGAGUACGAUUUGUGAUGUGACCAAGAGCUUCUGUGAUGUCAAAGCAGCAGAGGCAUGGGCUGGAGCUGCCUGUUAGGGAGGGGCUGCCUCAGGCCCCCUGAAGGUUCUCAGGACCUCAUCCUGGCUCCACCUGGGCUUGGCCUGGCCUUGGGUGCUCCAGUGCAGUGAGGGCUGAUGAAGUCCUGGGUGUGGGGCUGUGCACCUGCUCCAAAGCACCUCCCCAAUCAAAACCUGCCAAUUUGGGCGGGCCACCUUGGGCCGGGAGGGAUGAAGUGGGCACAGAGGGGUGAGGUAGCAGCUAAAAUAAGAAUAGAAAUAGUAAUAAUGGCAAGCAUAUAGUACUCCUAUGUCUUUGCCAUUGUUCUAGGCAUUUACUGGGUAUGACUUUAUUUAGUUCUCACAAUACUCUGCGAGGUAGGUGCUUUUAUUCCCAUUUUACAGAUGAGCAAGCAGGCCCAGAAAGGUUAAGCGACUUGCGCACAUCACGCAGCUAGAAGGUGAAGUCGAGAUUUGAAUUCAGACAGCCAAGAUCCAGAAACUGUGGUGUUCCCGGCAACUGCUAUGCUUCAAGAGUUAAAGUCAAGGGCUUCCCUGGCGGCGCAGUGGUUGAGAGUCCGCCUGCCGAUGCAGGGGACACGGGUUCGUGCCCCGGUCCGGGAAGAUCCCACAUGCCACGGAGCAGC